UCGCGGUAGCACGCGUAGCGCGCGACGUCGCGAUGUUGCACGCGACCUAACAUAACCUAACGUUUAACGCGCCCGUUUACAAUAUCCGUAAUCCGUGCGUUUCGAAGGGUUGCGCGAUCUAACCUUUAAGAUCCGUGUUCGCGUUCGCGCUCGCGCAGCGAAGAGGAGAGUUUCCUGGCCUCCCUCCCCCGCCCACGAGUAUAGCCGCACCACGUUAACCACCGACGUUCAGCCGCCGUUACCGCUACUACUGCCGUUCUCGCGCGCGCGGUUCGCCGGCGGUCGCCCUCCCUCGUACAAACCGCGAGAGUCGCAUUCGAUGUCUCGCGUGGCACCUGCCGACCUCGAUCAGUGAUGACCAUCGUCGUCGUCGUCGUCGUCCACGUGCUACAUUGUCGGUAUUAAUUUGUCAGCCGUGUACAUUGAAUUAAAUCGCGCGUUUAACAGUGGUCCAUAGUGAAUUCAGCCAUCGUGCUUUUGAUCGACGCGCAACUCGAUCGAUACCUCUGUCAUUUUUUUUCUCGACAAGAUUGGCAAUACUUGAAUUCGAAACGUGAAGUUUGUGGAUGACAAUUCGCGUGAAUUACGCGGCUAAGGCAAAAUAUUUCGAUAGUUGGAAGCGCCGGAAUCGCCUAGCAUUCACAGUGUUUGAGUCGCGCAUUUCCCGUCUUGAUCGCGAGGUCGGCAGGAUAUCCGCGCGAGUUGUCGUGAGUUAUCGCAGUUGAAGGAAUACGCGGGCCCAAGAGCGGGCCGAAAAUCCGAUCGAGUGUGAUACGGCGAACGAGGCUGACGACGUCGCGUCGGUGCGUACGACGAGUCGCGUACGAUGAGCGACGGUAUAGUCGGUGCAAUCGCGAUCAGUUUGUUCGGCGGCGAGAAGAAGCGUCGGGUCAGUAUGGACGCCGGUUAUUCCGUUCUCAGUAGCGAUCUCGAAGCCUGCAGGAUGUUCGACCAGUACUCCUACAAGAGAAACGACAACCUCGACCUGUCUUUGAACGUUCCACAGCAUCAUCAAACAUCGUAUCAUCACGACGGCUACAAUAUGUCCGAUCAGACAUUUCACACGCCGAGCUUCGGUGACGAGGACUUUGACAUACCGCCCAUUCACCCUCACUCGCAUCAGCAACAGCAGCAGCAUCAACAACACGACUCCAUGCAAGCGUAUGGUCAGCCGCAGAUGAUGCAAGGUGGUGGUAUGCAGCAAUCGCCGGAUGGUCUGAGUCUGGACGCCGGUGGAUAUCAGCAGCAACUCUAUUUACAGCAAGACCAUUCAAUGCAACCGAUCAAUGUCAGCUCGGCAUACGGCAACACCCAAGGGUCGUACGCGACGAUGAACUCCCCGCGCCAGCAGCACAAUGGUCAGCAAUUGCUAAUGAUGCAGCAACAGCAGCAGCAGCAGCAGCAGCAGCAGCAGCAAGCUCAGAUGCAACAUAUGCAGUAUAUGCAUUCCCAGCAGCAGCAGCAGCAGCAGCAGCAGCAGCAGCAGCAGCAGCAGCAGCAGCAGCAGCAGCAGCAGCAACAGCAGCAGCAACAGCAAAUGCAACAGCAACAAAUGCAGUACAGAAGUCCUACCGGCGGUAGCCCGACUGCCAUGCAAGCCAACAAUAUCCCGGAGACGAAUAAUAAUACUACGACCAGCGAAGACAGUGACGACAGCACUCCGCACUCCGGAAUGAUUACGGUAGUGAAGCGUGAGCCGCCGUCGCCAGAAGCGGCCGACGCCGGGGCAAAAAAUCAAAGGAAAGCGAAGCCGCAAAAGAAAAAGAAGAAGAGAGACCCUAACGAGCCGCAGAAGCCAGUAUCGGCGUACGCCCUUUUCUUUAGAGACACACAGGCGGUGAUUAAAGGGAAACAUCCAAACGCCAGCUUCGGCGAGGUCUCCAAAAUCGUCGCGUCGAUGUGGGACGCGUUGGAUCUUGAGCACAAAAAUUACUACAAGAAGAAAACUGAGGCGGCCAAGAAGGAGUAUUUGAAAGCUCUCGCGGCGUACAGAGCGUCGCUCGUGAGCAAAGGCGCCGGUGAAAAUGAACAGAAGCAGCAAGCGCAACAGCCGCAGCAACAAAUGCAAUACAGCGGAUACACGGGCUAUCCCAGUAACGCUGCGCCGGGCGGUGUAACAUAUCAAGUUUAUAGUCCUCAGCAUCAGCCACCGUCGCCUCAACAGCAACACCAGCAGCAGCAGCAGCAGCAACAGCAGAUGGCUAUUAAUAAAAAGUCACCUCAUCAUUUAGCGAUGCAAGGAAAUCCCCAACAACAGGGUUUAAUGAGCAAUGUAAUGGCGCCACCUCAUAUGACACAACAGCAACAGCAACACAUGCAACAGCAGGUCUCGCAACAGCAAUACAUGCAGGUGCCCCAGCAGCAGCAGGUGCAGCAGGUGCAGGUGCAGCAGCAACAGCAGCAACAAAUAAUACAUAUGAGUCCACCCAGAGCAGAGUUUAUUAAAUCCGAAGAUAUGUCGAUAAAGUCGGAAACUCUGUCGAGUUGUUCAUCGCCAGUAAAUCCUUCGCAAGUGGCUAUGCCGGGACAAGGGCCGCCACCGUGUAUACAUCAGGGAUGCCCUAAUCCUGCUAUAUCUAAUAACGAAUGGGAGGACGAAUAUUGCAGUAACGAAUGUGUGGUCAGCCAUUGCAGAGAUGUGUUUAACACGUGGGUAUCUUCAAAUCAAAAUCCUCAACAAAAUUAUUCCACGGUUAAAUAAGUGUUCUGCAAGGGACGUACUUUCUGCAUCAAAGUACUCAAUGGCCUCACAACUUAAUGGCCCGCUCUCUCUCUCUGUUAGCCUGUAAAGUAAGAUAUUUAAACGGAUGUAUAUAUAAGCUGAUGAAUGACAACUUUUUAAAAUGUUAAGGUUAUUUGUGCGAUAUACAAUACUAGAGACAUUAACAGUCUAAAAUGUGUAUGCAAAUGGUAAUAGUAUAUAGAUAUAUUUCGAUGAGUGUGUGCAUGCUAAUGAAUGAGCGAGCGAGACAGCAAACGAGAGAGAGAGAGAGAGAGAGAGAGAGAGAGAAAGAAAGAGAAAGAGAGAGAAAGAAAGAGAUGUGGAAUAAAGAUAAAAUUGUUUCUUUUUAGAAAGAGAAUUUAGGAUGUAUAUUGAAAAGCCUUAUCCAAAAACUCGUUACUCUGGCCAAAGGUCUUUGUUUGUAAGGAGUGUAUUGUAAGUUGAGUAAUUUAAUAAGUGCAUUUACACUUAUUAGAAGUCGGAUCGACAACCAUCUUUUUUAUACUCUCAGAUACUCCUUACUGACAGGCAAGGCGUGCCAAUUGUACAGACAUGUGUUUCUUUUCUAACGUCAUAUAGAGAUAGUGUCACAGUUUUUUAAAGUUUAUCAGCAAACGAGACAAAGACUAGUUCUUUGAAUUGAAUUAUCUCAACUGCGUUUCUAAACUUUUACACUCGUCAUUGCGACAUAGUCAACAAAUAACACAGUACAAGCAAGUGAAAGCAGCAUGAAACGUAUAAAAAUAAGUCUGCACUACGUUCCAACGUGUGUUUCGUUUGUGACGUGAGAGGGCAACGUGACCGAAGAUGGGAGGAGGAUUUUACAGUGAAUUGUAUUACGUGCCAUGGCCGGUAAUUGUCAUGUCUUACUUUCGCGAUGGGAAAUAUAUUCAUCUAUAUUUCCGACUAGGUGCACAUGUUUUAUCGCAAAACGUAAUAAUAUAUUGGACUAAUUAUCGACAGAUGACGAUCACUUUUCUCGCAAUAUAACUUUAAUCUUUUAUUCGUGUAACAUGUGACUUUCGAGAUGACAAAUUACAUGACUUCGUUUAACUCUCAUCUUUCGUAUGUUGCGCAUCGCACGUAUUGCAUUUUCUUUUCCCGCAACAGAAGAAGUUUGAUAUAUCUUAUAUAGUAUCCCGAUCUUUCAUCACGAUUCUCCCGAUCUCUAGGAAAGUCAUUCCGUCUCUGUUUGUACAACGUGGGAUACAACCGACUGAUAAACACGUGCAAAGCAUCCAUAAUCGUAUAAUACCGUUCUCGCAGACGAAUAUAAUAAUAAUAUUAGUCCGUCGCGGUUUUAGAAGUACUACGCAUUUAGAUUAGGCCCAUACGAGUAAAGCAGGAUUUCAUUACACAAUUUAUUUUUAUAUCAAUACUACAAACAGCCAAUCAAUAGUACAGUAACAGUUUUCAUAUGUAAAAUUUCGUACAGCAAAAAAAAAAGAAACGGCAACCAAAUGAAUCUGAUAUUUUCUUAAACGCAUUAAUGUUACACCGCGCGACGUGAAAUCUUUUCCAUUUAUCUUAAUUGCGCAUUCUUUUUUGUUAGCUUUUCGAAAACGUGCUGCCUGUGUGGCUAAUUAAAAACACACACACACACACACACACACAUACUACCGCACUGGUUUAAUACAAAAUAGUCCACUCAUAUCAACAGGCCAUGGAGAAAUUGCAGAGAAAUUUUUUCAUGUAUGUAAAAAAAAUCCCGUGCCAUGUUCGUACUUGUUCUGAUCUUUCGAGUUGACUCGGUGGGAAAUCGGCGCUGCCACGAUAAAGUAUUGGUUAUCACGCGCAAUGCAUACGUUUAUUGUUAAAUUCAAUUGCAGUGCACUUGUAACGUAGGCCUUGAAAUAAACCGGUACAAUGCGAAGAAUUUUUACGUGUACAAAAGCAAAAGAUAUAUAUCUUACCAGUUCAACGAUAAUUUUGCAAUCUCUGGCGCGGAUGUGCGAAUUGUCUGUUACGUGAUGCAUCUCCCGACAGUUUGUCCGAACGAACUGACUUUGUUUCUUUCUUUUCUUUAUAUAUGAAUUAAUAAAUAUUUUUAAUAUUCUUA